CUGCUUGUUGUGCAUCUUCACUGGCAAUUUUUGUUUGGACUAAUUAAUGAUUAAUGGGGGUGCUCUGCGUAAUGCUGUUCAAUGGCACUGAAGAGAAGAAAGAGCAGACAAGACUAGAUGGAUGCAUCAAGAUCUUUUUCGUAGCAAUAAACAGCUAAAAGGAAAAUGAAGCCCACCUUCUCCUUGUGUUUAUUGCUGGCUGCCUUGUAUACUGUUGCCCAGUGUUAUCAGCGCCCUCGCUACCGCAGUAAGCAGGAUGAUGCUAAAGGGACACAUUACCCAGGACAUAGUUCUCAGUGGGAAGGAGCUUAUCCAGUUAAGAACAAAACGUUUGUCAAACUAGUUUUCAGCAAUACUGACUUUGCAUUUUCGUUUUACAAGCUGGUCGCAUCCGAAGCAAUGGAUCAAAAUAUUUUCUUUUCACCCAUAAGCAUCUCUGCUUCCUUUGCAAUGCUGGCACUCGGUGCCAAGUCAGUGACACUGACACAGAUUCUGGAAGGGCUUGCCUUUAACCUGAAAAAGACUCAGGAGCUGGAAAUACAUGACAAUUUUUGCCAACUCCUCCACAUGCUGAACCGUUCAGACAGCGAGUUCCAGCUGAGCCUGGGAAAUGCCCUUUUUAUAGAAGAGACUCUAAAACCAGUACAGAAGUUCUUGGAUGACGUCAAACACUUUUAUGAAUCUGAAGUCUUUUCUUCUGACUUUAACAACUCUGUUGGCGCUGAGAAUCAGAUCAACAGUUAUAUUGAGGAAAAGACAAAUGGGAAAAUUGUUAAGCUAGUGGAAAAUCUUGAUCCUCUCACUGCAAUGGUUCUCGUUAACUAUGUCUUCUUUAGAGCUCAUUGGGAGAAACCCUUCAGUACAUUAUAUACAAAACAAGAGGAUUUUUUUGUGGAUCAGAAAACAUCUGUAAAAGUUGACAUGAUGUAUCGAAAGGGUCACUACAGAAAUUACUUUGAUGAAGAGCUGUCCUGUUGGCUGGUUCAGAUAUCUUACAAAGGAGGUGUUGCGGCAUUAUUUGUUUUGCCUGACGAAGGGAAGAUGAAGCAGGUGGAAGAUGCUCUCUUGAAAAAGACUGUAUCUAAAUGGGAAAAGUUCCUCCAAGACAGAAAAAUACAUCUGCACAUUCCAAAAUUUUCUAUAUCUGGUACCUAUGAUGUGAAAAAGAUAGUCAAACAAAUGGGCAUGACCGAUCUGUUCACUGACCAAGCUGAUCUGUCUGGGAUUACUGAGGAGCCUGGACUGAAGGUUUCAAAAGUGAUUCACAAAGCUGUGCUGAAUGUUCAUGAGAAUGGCACUGAAGCAACAGGGGUCACAGUGAAGGAGGUUACCUGGAGAUCUGGUGAUUUUCCUCGUCCGCCUCGAGUCAGAUUCAACAGGCCCUUUCUCCUGCUGAUUCUGGAUAAAUUCACCCACGCUGUCCUCUUCAUUGGGAAAAUUGUAAACCCUCAGAAAAAUGACUGAUUGACAAGACUUCAGCACAUCGCUGGCUAAAUUCCUGUGAUCCCGUGAAACACUUAUGUAUGCAUACCACUAAGUAGUAGUGCUCAUCUUUCAACCAUUACCCUUAUAAACAUAAUCACCCCUUAAAACAUAAAAACAAUUUUUCCUUGUCCAAAAGUCACUAGUAUUUGCCCAGCCUACAGCUGAGUAUAGCUUGUAGUGUUAAUGAAAUACAAGUCACUUUUCACCAGUUUUGUAGGAUGUCUUUUCUGACAUGCUCCUGUGGGAUAUUCAGAUUUUUCAAAGUCUCCAGAUGAUGUAGCUGUUGCUGUACAAUCACAGUUUGUGCCUGUGAGAGGAGAAGGGAAAGAGGGAAAAGAAGGUACAAGGUGUAAGACCUGUCUGUUUAAUCCACUAACCUUUGAUGAUUAUUCUUAAAUAUAGAUCCCCUUAAUAUCGGAGUGAAUUUUUAUUAAUUUCUUUAGGUUUUGUAACGAAGUAUGGCAUGAAACUGUGGGAUCAUUGACUGGGACACUGGAGGACACACCACUGUAAAGAGUUGAUGAAUGUAGGCGUUUUAGCUUACCUUCUUCUGUCUCCUCCUCAGUGGUAGCCUAGGGACUGUUAACCUGCUUUAAGCUAUCAUAAACACACAUAAAAAAUUCAGAAAAUAUUUGAGAAGUCACUUUCCUAAAUGUUAGCAGUGGAUUAUUAUUAUAGAGUAAAAACAGAUUGUGAAUUGAUAUUUGUACCUUUCCACUUAAGGUUUCCUGGGUCCAACUACACUAGAUAGUUACAUGGUUAUGAAAGGAAAGAAACACAAAGCAGUAAAUAUUUUAAAUUAUUUCAUUAUUGCUUUUUAGUUUUUUAGUCAACAUCCUUAGCACAUCUUACUAACAUAUAGAAAGGCAGUAAAAGUAUUUAGAUUAUAGAUUGAUUAAGUCUUUUUUUAUAUAACUCAAACUGGUGGAAAAAAUAUAAACGUCAACUUUUUAGAUCUUAGUUUCUUAAGAUGUUUGUGAAAAAUAUAACUUAAAAAUUAUGGUGAAUAUUCCUAAAAUACAUUUUUUUUGUUUUGUUUGGGGAUCUUUAUUUUCUUUGACAUUAAGUUAAUGCUAUCAAUAUGAGUUAAUUGUUGCUGUAAGAAUACCAAUAAGUAAUAGAAAAAACAUUCCAUGUCUAUCUGCAGACAUAUAACACUUGA